AUGUUAUUUGUACUUCUUGUCUGUACAGUUAUAUUGGUUGCGUUAUUUUUCAAGAACACCGAUUGUACUUUUAAUCUAUGGUUUUGGUCGAAAUUUGGAGCAAACGAGGGUAAGUUACUCAACUAG